CCUCGUCCUCCCUCCCCUCGCCCGCGGCGGCAUCUGGCCGGUGAAUCGGUCCGUCAGCCCCGUCAGCGAGCGAGCGAGCGAGCGAGCGUCGGGCUGCGUAGGCGCGAGAGGAGAGCGGAGGGCCGAGCAACGCUGAGACUCCCGACGCGCCAUGGCGGCCGAGCUGAGCGACAUGGCGGAGCCUCCCCCGCUGGGGGUGCCGCCGCCGCCUCCCCCUCCCUCUUCAUCGGGCGCUGAGGAGGCCGAGAGCGAAGCCUCCCCUUCGGCCGAGAUGGAGGCCGAGCCGUCGCCGUCGCCGCCGCUGCUGCUGCCGCCGCCUCAGCCCCUCCUGAGCGGCGGCGAAGGCGCGGAGAGCAUGUCGGAGCCGAGCCCUCAGAGCGCCAGCCAGGCGGGCGACGGCGACGACGAAGACGAGGGCGACGACGAGGAGGAGGACGACGACGACGACGAGGCCGAGGCCGGCAGCAGCGCCGGGUCCUCCUCCUCCUCCUCCAGCGGCUGCUGCAGCGACGAGACCCGCUCGCUCAGCCCCGGAGGCAGCGAGGCCGACGCCAAGGCCGGCCCGGGAGGAGGAGGAGCAGGAGGCGGAGGGAGCGCGGGCGGCGGCGGCGGCGACGGGCCCGGGAGCAGCGGAGGAGGCGGAGGCCCGGCAGCGGCCGGAGCGGCGGCUGGAGGCGGAGGCCCGAGCGGCGGCGGCGGCGGCGGGUGCAACAGCAGCUCCAGCGCGGGCGGAGGAGACGAAGGUUACAGCACCGGGAGCGGAGGAGGGAGCGGCGGCAGCAGCACCUGCAGCGCCUCGUCGACAGGCCGGAGGGGCAGCCUCGAGAUCUCCUCCGACGGGGAGCCGCUCAGCCGCAUGGACUCCGAAGACAGGUCGGUUGGGGGGGGGGGCGAGAGGGUGCGCCCGUUCUUAUCUCUCUCAAGUUUAGGGGCCCCCGGGGUGCAAGUGAUCACAGUGGGGACUCGUGGUAAAGGCCGGGGCAGGGUGUUGGUGUGUGCCCCAGCCCCUUGAAAUGUUAAUUUAGCCUUUAAAAAUCAGGACGCAAACUCUCUUAAAAGCGGAUUACGCCCCCGGCCCAACGCCAACCCUCAGCAUCUUUCCGCUUCCACCCCACGCCGCUCCAUUUUUUGCGGUGCCCCCUUCCCAUCUGCAUCGUCUCCCAUCUUUGUUCCAGUUUCAAAAGUUCCAGAAGUUAAGUUGCUUCUGCUUCACUUGGCAGGACUUGCCCUUGGCCUGAGCAUGGCUCCUCCAUCUUGGACAGGGAGGGGGCUUUUAACCCCCCUCUUUUUCUUCCUAGGCAUGUACAGCAGUGUUGCCCAAAGUUGGGUCUCUAGCUGUUUUAGGACCACAGUUCCCAAACCAAACCAAAAUGUUUAUUCGGCUUUACGCCCAUCAUAAAGCACAACACACAAAACAAAUCAAAUAAAACAGCGGUCUCGAACAAGCCACAAGUAAUAUAACACAAUUCACAGCUCACAAGGACAAAUAUUGGCAAAUCAAAACAGAAAUUUAAGAUUAAAGUUAAAAAUUAGGGCACUACGCUAAAUCAAUUUCUGAUGUCAAUAUCAAAAAUUCUUAUAAGUAUCAAUAAUCAGUUAACAUUCCAUUCCGUCUCUUGUACGAGAGAACGGCUGUUAGGAAUUUAGCAACCUGUAGAGUAAUAUAAGGAUCUACAUCUUGAAGAACCCAGGCAAGCUGUAGGUCUACUGGUUUGUCAGCCAUAGGCUGGAUUAUGGAGUUUAGUAUACUAGCGCGAGCUAAACUGUACAUAGGGCAGAUAAACAUAACAUGGUGUAAAGAUUCAGAUGUUUUCAUUUCACAAGCACACAUUGAAGGGACUUGGCCCUUAGUGAAUCUAUGUCUCAGCACGUUUGUUGGGAAAACAUUGAACCUGGCUCUAAUGAAGGCAUAUCGGUGAGAUGCGGCUAUAAGCGAUGUUAAGUAGGACGGAGCACGAUAGAUAGGGGUUAUGCCGAGAUUUAACGGGGAGCAGGCUCCACCACCAGCUAAGAAAUUUUGGUAUAGCUCCACAUCAUCCAGCCUUUGAUUUAUACACCUUUUUGCCGCGUUUAGAUCCAGUUUGAGCAAUUCCGUGGGCGAGAUCUCAUAGGACAGCAAUUUGGCAUGGAUUUUUCCUGACCACAAAUUUGUAAAGUCAUCCCGCCACAUGCAUUGAAUGAGAUAGUGGUUCGGUAGUUUAUGCCAUAGGGAUAUCCAAUAAAUCAAAACUCUCCUCCAUAAAACUAACUCCACUGAGGGGAUCUUCAUUUCUAAGCGAAUAGCCGCAUUACUUACGCAUGUUGGUAGUUUUAAAAGUCGGCGUAAGAAUUGGCUUUGAAGCGACUCUAAAGGUGAAAGGUUUGCAAAGGCAGCCCAUAAAGGUGCAGCAUAGGCCAUUGUGGCCAUCACUUUGAUGCUAUACACUUUCAAGGCCGCAGGAAUGAAUAAGGCCCCCUCAGAGUAGAAAAAACGGAGGAGAACCACAGUUCCCAUCAUCCCUGACCACUGCUUUGCUAGGCAUGAGGAGAGUUGUAAUCCAAAAACAGCUGGAGACCCAAGUUUGGGAAACACUGAUGUAGACUAAUUCCUGCAAAAGAAUUGCUACUUGCUGCCCCAGGUGUGUCAAAAGUAUUAAAAGGUUUCAUGUGUGCCCAUAGUAAGGUAGCACCAACAAGACUCCACCCUAAAACGCCUUUUCCUGUUCUUCCAAGGCAACUGGGACUUUAUGUAUUGCAUAUCCUCAUCUGUCAGUGAGAGGAACUUUCUUUGGUUUUUCUGUUUGUCGGGAUGAUUGUGGCCUGUUACUACACAAAUCCUCCUUUCCCCCAUCUGGCUAGAAGCCAGGCCCCAUGUAAUCCAUUGCUGGUUUGGGAGGAGUUGGUUUAGAGAGUCUUAGACACUCAUCUUGUUGUAAUCUCUCCCCUCAUUUUUUCCCCCAACUCCUACCUUUUUUUACCACACCCUGUUCUAGCAAACAUGGCUGUCUUAGCUCUGGAGCUUUUUACGUUUUUUUACACCUCUCUAAAGUCCUCCUCAAAAAGCAGCUUAGCUUGGGAAGUGGGGGAAUGGUUUGCACUGGUUCCUCUUCUCCUUUACUCGCCCUUUAAGGGAGCAGCAAACACCUAAUUGUGUGUAUCAGCCGUGUAACUAACAAGCAUAUCUUGUAAAAUUUACUAACACAAGUGGGUUUAUGCAGCUUAUGAAAACCCAGUUGUGCUUCUGAACAAAAGGGUAUGUGUGUAAGAAAUGCUUAUAUUGGCACAACAAGCUUCUGCAUGACCAAUGGUUCUUAGUUGUGUUCUCACAAGUGUAUGCAGCAGAUAGUUACAAUCUGUUGGGAUUUUGUUAAACUAGUUCUAGUGACUAUACUAUUUUAACUUGCACCUGUUUUUUGUUCAGUCACUCUAUUAAAUGACUAGUAACUGAAGGCAGAUCGAUUUCAUGCAAACAUGCAAGUUGCAGUGUGGAUCCAGUAUUUGAAUUCUUAAGGCUAGUUCAGUUCCUAGGAGACAGUUGCUGACUAGAAGAAAACUUGAAGCUUAUUAGAUGCAAAAUAGUUUGCAUUUAAAAAAUAAUAUAGUCCUGAAAUAUUAAAGUUCCUUAAAAAAAUUACUUGGCCCAAGUCCCUGCAAGCCAGAAUUUGCUAGCCUCCCCUUUUUUGUUGGGCUACAUCGAGGUGGGGACAUGGAAAUCCUUGGGGGAAGUUGAAGUGUAAGCAAAUUUUCCUUUUAAUACUGUUACAAUAUAAAAUGCAAACUUACUUAGUGCAUAGCUAUGUACUUACUGUUUUCAGUAUUUAUGAAUUUUGCGGAGGAAUCCUUUUCAUAUUUACUCAGAAGUAGAGCCCACUCUAUUUAAUGGUGAAUAUACCUCCUGGUUAGCUUGCAUAGGACUGCUGCUUCAAAGCACAACUGCUUCAAUGACAUUGGUUUGUAAAUUCCAAAUUGUGGAUAUACCCAAUAGUAGACAGAAAGAGCAGUACAAACUGCUGAGAACACACAUCUUAGUUCUUGCUGUUUUGCACAUUUCUUUACACAUUUGUCACUUGAGAUGUAUAUUUUUAAGGACCUACCUUAUUUCUGUGAUGUAGGUUGUUUUAAACCAUUUCCCACACUAAGUUUCAGUUGUUGUAUCCCACCCUGGAACCCUUGGAUGAAAGGUGGGUAAUAAAAUAUAGUAGUAAUACAUAGAGCACAUUCUGAAUAAGUAAAACUGUGUCUCAAAAGCAUUUUGUUAUUCAAAAGGAAAAGUAUUUAAUAUUUCCCCUCAAAUUUCCAGUUUUACCAUUUGCAAAUACUGAAUGAAAGAAAAAGCCCUUGGGGAUGGGGCAGGGGUGAUAGUGGUGAUGGUGAUUUAUUAAAUUUUUAUAUACACCCUUCAUCUGAAGAUCUCAGGGCAGUUCACAAGAUGGUUCCCCCUCCCUUGAAUUUUUCCCACCUUCACAUUUCUGUAAGUUGGAAAUCUUUCAAAAUUUACUCUUCUCUACUUCAGCUCUCUCUGAUGGAAAUAUAAUGCAUGAUGUGCCCCUUGAUCUAAAUAAGAGUGGAGGGUAGCAGCUCCUUGGGGGCAUUGAUGACUUACUGCUCAAUACUGCAUUUGGGAACACUUGUCUCUUCUUGCCACGUUUGUGUGAUAGCUCAGGACGGCUGAGGCACUACAUCUGGUCAGUGCCAGUAGUGGAGGCAAUUUCCAGUAUUUCCGAGGAAUGGAGUUGCUGAAAGCAGAAGAGCAUGUCGUAUUCUGUUAAAAUUAAUAAUACCUCAUCUUAAAUACAUAACUUUAAUGUUGAUCCCAAAUACUAAAAAAUUGAGCCAAGUUAAAUUCCAUCAUUAUUUUUUCUAUUUUCAUUUUGGUUAAUGUUCUGCUUAUAAAUGUUGCAUUCUUCCCGGGGUGAUAUGGAGUCAGCAAUUGCCUGUGGAAGUUUUUAAUGCUGCAUUUAUCUAAAGUCAGCAAUCCGUUUUAAGGUAUAAAUUUUUUUUUAUAAGAAGCAGCUACUAAGUGGGCACUAAAAUCUGCUAAAACAGCUUGCUUGUUUAAUGUGCUUUAAACACACAUUUAUGGCUUCAUAAAAGCCCCAUAGGGCAACAAAUCACAUAAUGAAUGUUCAGCAGAUUAAAUAUGCUUGGUGUACUCAUCCCGAUCCUUUGACGUUCCUCAUAUCCCUGUGCCUUUAUAUGUGAGCCAUUUUUUAUGCAGCUGACAGCUAGGUGGGUUUUGCUUUAUAACUGUGAGAAACUCAACAUGGCAUUCAGCAGCUCAUCUUUAUCCUGCACAUAUUCCUGCACAUAUUCCAAUCUUCAUUGAACAUUUGUUGUGAUAAAGUUAAAAAAAACUCCAUGUGCUGUUCCAUCUGUUUUUCCUCAUCUGUCUUUAACUUCUUAAAGUUUUCAUUAUGUUCUACAGUAUGACAGUCGUACAGUCUGUUCGACUUCCGAAAACGUUCGACAACCAAGGCGCGGCUUCCGAUUGACUGCAGGAGCUUUCUGCAGUUAAUUGGAAUCCGUGUCGGAUGUUUGGGUUCCAAAGAACGUUUGCAAACCAGAGCGCUCACUUACAGGUUUGCGGCAUUCAGGAGCCAAAACGUUCGAGUCACAAGGCAUUUGAGAUCCAAGGUACGAAUGUACAAUGGUUACAGACUAGCAGAUGGAGAUUGCUGUAAAAAUGAAGGCUUUUUCAUCUGUUUUAUGUAUACUUCAAGUGCAUGUACAUACAUGUGCCUUUUAAAAAACCAUUAAACCUUUUUGAAACUACAAAUAAAAAAAACCAAACCCAGAUGCAGAGGGUAAGUUAUUAAUGUAAGUAGCUUACCCACAUGCCUUCUGAGCUUCACUUGCUCUUCAUUAAUAAUCUAAUUUCCACUUCUAGAUCUUAAUGAAAGUUAACUUUAUUAUAGACAUUGAAAGCUCUGAUGUGUGUCUCAGUAUUUCAGAUAAAAGUGGUAUACAUGGCUCUGAAUCUUUUAGCCUUUAUAUGUGCCACAACCCCAUCAAAAACAGCUUACUACGUUUUGGGGAAACUUAGGUUAUGCUGCAGUAUAGCUUGGAGUUCCCUGAAGCAGUUCAGACUGCUUGAAUAAGAAUCAUUGGUUUGUAUUCUCUGAACUAAUCUUCCCUGUAGGCCCACUUUACUUCUGGGCCUCCCUGAAACUUUUUGGUUUGAGCUGAAUGUUUUCCUGUAAGUGAACUGAUUCCAAAUACAAAAACAUAACUUAGCACAACUGAGCCUAAAAUGAUUAUGAGUUACCAUAAUCAUUUGCAGAGGCUACUGUACUAUCAUUUCUCUAUCUGUGGUUAAAAUGGCAUAGAAUCCUUAUCCAUUGCAUCUUCACAGUAAUAAAUGGCAAUCGUUGCCCCAGUGCAUUCAUGGAAGAACUGGGAAUGGAUUUAUACCUUAGUCGUUCUCAUUCAAGGGCCUCUAGAGAUACUGCUGUUGCUCUCAGACCUUGUAUGUAGCAAGAGUGGUCAAAGGUUCAUGUUCUCCCUUAGAAAAGACAUCGACUACAUGAGUGGUGUCACAUUUAUUUUAAUUAACUUUUCUCCUGAUGCUACUGUUACUUUCUCUGUGGAGUGAGGGAGUCGGGGAAUCUACCAUUUGGGGACCAGUGUCAGUCAUGCAGCAAAAACUUACUUAUUCUUAACAGUGAACAAUGAAUAAAUUGCCUUUAAAAUGUCAGGAAUAUAGAUAAUGAAGCAAGAUACUUAAAUAAUGUACUUUUCCGUGUAUUAGACAAGGGUUUUUUUUUUACUCCAAAAUAAAGUUUAAAAUGGGUGGAGUUCGUCUUAUACGUAGGUAGUACAGAGGGGGAACGGGUGAUUGGUUGUAUCCAACAGCAGGAUCUAGCGAUUGGGUGGGUGAAUGGUGUCUGCUGCAAGGGCUGCUUUGUAUUGGCUGCUGCUUUGUCAAUUGGGUGGAUUAUUUGUGGAUGUGGCAAGGGCUGCUUUGGAUUGGCUGCUGCUUUGGCAAUUUGGCUUGCAUUGCUUGAGAUUGUUAGCGUUUGCUAGUUGGGUGAGUGAUAGUUGGUUCGGCACUCUCCCCCCCACCCUUGCUCAUUUUCUUAAAUUUGAGGCCUCCCUAAAUAAGGGCAUCUUAUACAUGGGGGCCUCUUAUAGAUGGAAAGUACGGUAUACUGAAGUAGAAAGUAAUUUUUUUAUUUUUUAACUUCCAUUAUUAGUACCAGCUUUAGUUUUCAAUGAAAAUGUAUACAGAUUGGCCUGACAUUUCCUACACCAAAGUAUCUUUCUUGUGCUUCAAAUUGUCCAUUUGAAGAAUCGGAACCUUAAUUUAUUUGACGAUGAAGAUUUAGCAUAAAACUCAUGUUUUAUGUAGUUUUUAAAUGCUUUUUCUUGUAUGUUCAACAGUACUCAUAUAAAGCAAAUGUCAUAUGUACUAAUCCAAAAAACCCAAAGACCAAUUAGCUAAGAGCUAAGUAUAUACAGGAGCAUAAAAUAGAUUUAAGACUAAAAGAACCUUGUCUCUUCAGUUUGUAAACCUGUGAUUUUCACAGUGGUGUUCAUUACCACAUGAUAAUGAAUUAUUAGAAUCACGGAAUUUUAGAGUUGGAAGGGACCACGAGGGCCAUCUAGUUCAACUCUCUGCAAUGCAGGAAUCUUUUGCCCAAUGUGAGGUUCAAACCCUUAACCCUGAGAUUGAGUCUUAUGAUCUGCAAAACUGAGCUAUCUGAGGAUAUGUAAUAGCAAUAUGAGGGAACUUUGAGUGUUCUGAGGUGUACACAUUUGUGAUGAAUAUGUCUAUGCAUAUGACCAGGUGGGGAAAAGUUUUGGGGCUUUUUUGAUGACACAUAUGUGAAAUGUACUUAUAUGUAAGAAUCAGAACUGUCUAGUGAGUCAAACCCUCUGCAGUGCAGGAAUCUUUCACCUACCAUGGGGCUCAAACCCACGAACCUAAGAGUUUCAUGCUCUACCAGCUAAGAAGUAAUGUUCAUCCUUUUUGAAUCUACAUUUGAGUGCUUGAGCAGAGUGACAUGAAUGUAAGCUGCUGUCUUAACCAACCUUAAUCCUUUUGGCUAACUGGUUUAGAGACCAUGGAGUGCAAAGAAGCUCUGGUGCCAUCAGCUUGCAGCAAUCUGAUGUCUUCAGCAGAGGCUGCUAUCUCCUCAAACCUUGUUCCUUUCUCAAUAACAUUUACAUUUAGCUUCACACUGUAAAAACAUCAAUAUAGACACACAGUUUCUGGAAAGGACCAGUGUGAAGUGAAUUAAACAUGUGCCACUCCUAUGAAUUAUGUGACAUGUACAGUGGUGCCUCGCAAGACGAAAUUAAUUCGUUCCGCAAGUCUCUUCGUCUUGCGAAUUUUUCGUCUUGCGAUGCACGGUUUCCCAUAGGAAUGCAUUGAAAAUCAAUUAAUGCGUUCCUAGGGAAACCGCCUUCAGACCAGGUCCGGGGACAGUCUGUCCCCGGACCUCUUCUGAAGGCUGGGGGGCAAGGGCUUUCUUCCCACCCCCAGCAUUUUAAAACCCCGGGACAGCGGAGGACUUCUCCGCUGUCCGGGCGAUCUUAAAAUGCUGGCGGGCGGCAUUUAAAAUCACUCCGGGACAGCGGAGGACUUCUCCGCUGUCCGGGGCAAUUUAAAGCCCCUGGGAAGGCAGGCAGGGGGACAAAGACUUUGCCCCCGCCAGCCUUCAGAAGAGGUCCUGGACCUCUUCUGAAGGCGGGCGGGGCGAAGUCUUUGCUCCCCGCCUUCAAAAGCCCUCCGGGACAGGCAGGCAGGGGGAGCAAAGACUUUCGCCCCCGCCCGCCUUCAGAAGGUCUUCCCUCCCCGCCCGGCUCGGAGCACCGUUCCGGGCCGGGCGGCGGCGGGAGGUGUUCCCUCCCCCGCCCGGCUCGGAGCACCGUUCCGGGCCGGGCGGCGGCGGCAGGUGUUCCCUCCCCGCCCGGCUCGGAGCACCGUUCCGAGCCGGGCGGCGGCGGCAGGUGUUCCCUCCCCCGCCCGGCUCGGAGGAGCCUUCCGAGCCCGGCGGCGGCGGGAGGAGGUGUCCCCGCCCGCCGCCGGGCUUCGGAGGAGGUCCGAGGACAGUGGGGAAGACGCGCUGCGCUUCCCCGCUGUCCCUGAGAUUUCCCUAUGGGCUGUCGUCUUGCGAAGCAAGCCCAUAGGGAAAUUGCUUUAUGAGCGCCUCCAAAACGGAAAACCCUUUCGUCUAGCGGGUUUUCCGUCUUGCGAGGCGUUCGUCUUGCGGGGUACCACUGUAUAGGAGAGGACAGAAUGUUUUCUGUAAUUUUGCACUCUGCUUUGGAGAAGGGGGAAAGUGGUUGGAAUUCUUCUUGCUGUUUUCUCCAAUUCCUAAAAGCAAAGGGAGAACUGAAGGGAGGGCAGUGGUUGUCACUGGCCAUGAAUAAGCAAAAUCCAAAUUCAUAGAGGCCUGCAAAUGCUGUCAACAGUGUGGAGAUGGUGGGAGAACAAAUUCUUUGCUUCCCUUCAAAGGGAACAUUCAAAGGAAUGCGGAGAGGAUUGGCUGUUACCAAGGGAGGAGAUAACUGUCUUCAUUAGUGUACAAGUCAAGCUCCAAGAUUUUCUUAACUCACUAUCUGAUUGUGUACAUUAUACCAGAAAAGACAAGUGGUUGGAAACUUCACUCAGUUCAAAACCCAGCUGGGACUGGCUAAUAGGAUCGCUAAUCUCUACCCUGUCCUUGAACAGCUAUCCUGAACUAUUUGUCUGUUUCUGGGAACAGCUGAAACCAGAAAUUUGGUGCGAACCUCUGAAGUCUUAAAUGGCUUGUGCUCUACGUAUCUGUUGUGCUGCUUCCUUCCACAUGAACCAGCACAGGUCGUCUUCAAAGGCAAUAAUCCGAGACCCACAUAUUUUCUGAAGUUUAUUAGGUUGACUGGAGUUGAGGUGAUCCUGGUUGUACUGUUGAUUUCCUCCAUUUGUUUUCUUAUAUCAGGUUGAAUUUAAUUGUACGCAUUUUAUGAGUUUUAUUUGUUUACUUCCUUGGAAGUCUUAGAACUGAAGGGUCACAGACAAGUUUGUCAAUUGCUGUUUGGAGAGCUUUACUUAAAAUGCAGUUAAAUCUUAAAGUGGGACCAAAUAGGAAUGGAAUCCUGGAGUUAAUUCUAAUGCAGCUCCAAAACAGUCUUGUUUCUUUUCCCCCCCCUCCCUAAUAACUUAUUUUUGGUGUGCAUUUGACCACUCCCUUGACAUUUCAUCUGGUUGUCAUUUAAGCCCUGGACACCAGAAGAAAGUGAGCAGAACUCCCAAAGGAUGGCUUUGAAGAGAAGCUCCUGAGCCUUGGGCUCUACAAAACAAGUGUGUGGAAUAUUAUAGUUUAGCUGCUGUUAUGCUAUAAACUGCUGAGCUGACCCUUACCAGGGGGUGGGUGGGUACAGGGCAGUUUCUAAGUGUGAAUUCCCAGCUGUGUUUGGGAAAGCUAUUCCACUACUAGACUGAAUUAAAACUUUUAGAUAGAUUAUUUUAUAUGCUGCUUGUAAGCUACACCCUCCGCACAUGUCCUAUGAUAGUACCAGUCUUAGCUCAGAUUAGUGGGGAACUUAACCUGAGCUGUGCCCUGUCUUUGAGGGGCUCGCUCUGAGCAGUGAUUAAUGUCUAGGACUUGAGCUGGGGGGCGGAGUACAAUAGUGCCCUAUGUGCUGUUGUUCAUUACCUUCCACAUAUGUUCCAAGGCGUUGUAUGGAAUCUGAUACAACAGCAAUCAUUCAAAUAAGCUGUUCCCAAGCUGUAUAGGGCUGUAUAUGUUAGUAUCAAAACUUUGAACUUGGCCUUGUAGCAAAUUGGCAGCCAGUGCAGAUCUCUCAGACUCUCUAGAUCCUUUUCAUGUGUAGAACUGGCAAGCCAAGUGUCCCCAUCUUAUAAUAGUGCAGCUUGUUCUUCCUGCCUAAGUGUAGAACCUGACAUUUGUCCCUAUUGAAAUUCAUUUGUUUGUUUGGGCUCAGUUCUCCAAUCUGUUAAGGUCUCCUUGAAUCCCAAUUCUGUCUUCUACGGCAUUAGCUAUCCCUCCCAGUUUGGUGUCAUCUGCAGAUUUGAUGAGCAUUCCCUUAGUUCAAGCAUGGCCAAACUUGGCCCUCCAGCUGUUUUGGGACUACAACUCCCAUCACCCCUAGCUAACAGGACCAGUGGUCAGGGAUGAUGUGUAUUCCCAAAACAGCUGGAGGGCCAGGUUUGGCCAUGCCUGCCUAAGUAAUUUAUAAAGACAAACUAGCAAUGAGCUCAGGACAGAAUCCUGCGGCACCCCACUUGUUACUUUUUUCCAGGAGGAUGCGGAACCAGCUACAAAUCCACCUGAAUCCUAGCAGACAUCAAUAAUACAAAAAAAGUCCAUACCUUUGUCAGCAUUACGGUGAUUGCAAGUGGAUGGUAGAUCUGAAGCAGAGGUCUGUAUGCUGCCCCUUGACCCCAUUGGAGCAUGUACAGAACUGGGCUAAGGGAGACCAUAUGAUUCUUAGCAUAGGCAGAUAUUUUGUGAAUCCCAAAAUCUACAUCAGCUUUGAAUUAGGUUAGUGCAAUUCUGUGUUGGCUCCCCCUAACCAGCCAAGAUACACUUUGGUUGCAAAUAGUUGUGUGUGUGCCCAAUGGAAGGUUUGCAUCUCAGAAAUAACAGUUCUAUGAACAAAUCCAGCUUGCAUGUUGACCUCCAGGGCCGCUGGUGUAAUGAUCCAUCUGUUAGAUCUGAAGUGUGCCUUAGGGAAAGCUGUCCUGGUCAAACACUUUAGGAAGGAAGGUUUAAAGGCAGAGCACAAAAAUACUUAAAGGUUGUUUAGGUUUUUUGUAUUUAUCUGGCAUUGUUUUGCAAUGUUUUGUCUAAUCAGCCGUCACAGCAUUUAUUUGAUGAACACUACAGUCAUACCUCGGGUUGAAGUCGUUUCAGGUUGAGCAUUUUUGGGUUGCGCUCUGCGGCGACCCGGAAGUAACGGAGCACGUUACUUCCGGGUUUCGCCGCAUGUGCAGACGCUCAAAAUGACGACCCACGCAGAUGCGGGUUGCAUUCGCUUCAGGAUGCGAACAGGGCUCUGGAACGGAUCCCGUUUACAUCCAGAGGUACCACUGUACAUUGAAUAUUUUUGUAUUUGUUUUUGACUGACCUAGCCAUUACAGUUUUAACAAAUGCAAUACAGGCAGAUUUUUAGAUGGCAGGCCUUUUCAUUACAUUUGCCAAAAGGGAUUGCUAGUAAUAAUGAUGAAAUCUCAUCCCUUGAAGGAAUGAACUGCAGAUCUUUAAUAGAAUAAAAUACAGUAGAUGUAGCAAUACUGUUUCUUAUUUCUUAUGUGUCCAAAAUAAAGCAAGGUGUUAUGUGAUAUAAAGCAUAAAAGCAGCAAUACCAAAACAUGCCCAAAAGCUUUUACAGUCUUGCAUAAGGGGGUGGGGAGAAGGUGCACAAGAAGGCACCUGCAGUACAGUCCUGUUUCUUUGUACUUGGAAGUAAGCUCCAUGGUGAUAGUAGUGUUUACUCUCUGUUAAGUGUUUCUGCAAUUUUAGUCCAGCCUAAGUUAAAUUAAUACUAUUUCUGAAGUGCCUGGAAUGGUAUUUGGUUGCUUAGAGAUACCUGUUGAUGCAGCCUAGAAUAGCAUUAGCUUUCCCCUCCUGCUGCAUCAACUGUUGACUCAUGCUAAGCUACUGAGAACUCCUACAUCCAUUUCACAUGUAGUACUGGCCAUCUAGGUGUCCCCCCAUCUUAUAUUUGUGCCGCUAGUUCUUCCUUCCUGUGUGUAGAACUUUACAUUUGUCUCUAGUGAAAUUCACUUUGUUAGUUGGGGAGCAGUUCUCCAAUCUGCUAAGGUCAUUUUGAAUCCCGAUUCUGUCUUCAGCGGCAUUAGCUAUCUCUCCCAGUUUAGUGUCACCUGCAAAUUUGACAAGGUUCCCCUCAAUACCUCCAUCCAAGUAAUUUAUAAAGAUGUUGAACAAAAAUGGGCAUGGGAUAGAGCCCUGCAGCACUCCACUUUUUACUUAUUUCCCAGAUGACAAUGAACUGUUAGCGAGCACUCUUUGUGUUCAGUCAGUCAACCAGCUACAAAUCCACCUAACAGUUAUAUCGUCCAGUACACAUUUUACUAGCUUCUUACAAGAAUAUCAUUGGGGAAUUUGUCAAAGACUUGCUUUGAUACGCUAAGUCCACAGCAUUCCCAUGAUUCACCAUGCUUGUAACUAAAAAAAUAAAUAAAUAAAUUAAGAGAUCCGCCUGGCUUGACUUCUUUUUCAGAAACCCAUGCUGGGUCUUAGUACAGGUGGUGAACAUUUUAGGCAUGUUCUAAUGUUGUGUGAUAACUGACAUGUGGGUCCUUUUGGACCCAGAAGAGGGAAGAAUGGGGAACUGGCCAUUGCCUGCAAUCACAGUCGUUCUUUUCUAUGUGCUCAAAGACUGAGCCAAUGUGCAGUUGUUUACAUAUUUCCAGAAAUGGCUGUGAUGUAUAUUAUGUGUACAUCAGUUUUGUAAAGAAUCCCAACAGUUUUUAAUAGCCUAUUGGAGACCAGCAGAGAAAAGGCAAAAAAUAUCAUUUUCUGUGUUCAGAGGAGGGCUCCCUUCCUCUGGCAGCCCAUUUUGUUUCUAUGCUGGGCAUAGAACUACUCCAUCCCUUCUAUGCCAGCCCACCUGCAUGGAGUUCCUUUGUUACACUCCUGGUCUGUGUGAAGCAAAACAAGCCAUGAUCGUGGGUUUGCAUGUAAUGACAAGCCAAGGUUUGCUAACUCCUGACAUGGAGCCAGGGAGUAGUGAAAUGGGGACUUUUGAGCAGUUUUAAUGAAUCACAACUAGUUUUGGCCCAUAUUGAGUCAGAACCAACAUUUGCCUCAUUUAUUUGUGUAUUGAGCUUUGUUAAUUUGCGUGCUGGGAUUUCGAGUGUUGCCAUUUAUAUUGAAAUAUAAAUCUGCUUGAAAACACAAGAAGGUUCAUAAUUAACUCAUUUCUCUCUCUUCCCUUCCUGUAGCAUCAGCAGUACCAUAAUGGAUGUAGACAGCACAAUUUCCAGUGGACGCUCAACUCCAGUUAUGAUGAAUGGACAAGGAGUUACAGCUUCAUCAGCAAAAAGUAUUGCUUAUAACUGCUGCUGGGACCAGUGCCAUUCUUGCUUCAACUCAAGCCCAGAUCUGGCAGACCACAUUCGCUCCAUACAUGUAGACGGCCAGCGAGGAGGGGUUGGUUUACUUUUUCAUUGCUCUUCCAUGCUAUUUGUACUGUGUGCAUUGAGAGUUAAUAACUGCUGCUGCUCAAUAAAAUGCCAAUCAUUUUUGGAAGCCACCUGGUCCUCUAGUGACAAUGCUGGAUCCAGGAGACCACCAGAUGACAGAUCUCUUCCUUCAGAGGGAGUGCCAUUUUGUCUAGAGCAGGCUGAAUUCCCAAUUCCUGGAAAUGCCAGCCGUCCAUCAGCAUUGCCUCCAUCUUGCCUUUAUUCAGCUUCCUGUCUUUUUGAGAGAGGUGGGGAUUUUUCUCACUCUCUUUUUUUUGGGAAAAUAAUAUUUAUUACUUUUCCAACAAUUUAAACACUACAAAAACAAUACAAUACAAAAACACUACAUAACACUAACACAUUAAACACAUUAAACUAACAAAACAAAACAAAAACAAUUUAAAACACAUCAAACUAUUUCAAUAUCUUAUCUUUCAUUCACUUAUUUCCACGACCUCCUCACACCUCCCUUUUUGUAUUCCACUUCUGUUAAUUGUUUCAGCAAUUCCUUUCCAUCUUCCUCUGCUUUCUGUCUUUUAAUUAUCUUAACAGAUUCUAACCUUAUUUUUCCCUUUAAUAAUACUCUAUUAAUCUAUUUAUACUUAAUUCCUUGUAACAUUUCUACUAAAGCCAUAUAUCUUCAUUCCAACAUUUUUCUAACAUUCAUUAAUUUUACAGUAUUUCUGUAAAUAGUCUUUAAACUUUUUCCAGUCUUCUUCCACCGACUCUUUAUUUUUCUCACUCUCACUUUGGUGUGUGGAAAGUAAGAAACACUUGGAGAAAUGCCUGCUGUUGUUUCUUGCUGCCUCCAGACCACUGAACGAGAGAAUUGGGAGAAGAGAUAUAAACUGACACUUGUCGCUAGCAAGUAAGAUUUGUAGAUGUCUGAAGUUAAGAGGUGACUUAUCUAAUUUGGAAUUUUGCAGCUUGAUAAAGAGAAGGCCGGGAGUAGUGUUUAGGACUGGUUUUCUUUCACGUUAGUUUGUGUUCCUUAAUGUAGCUUUUCUUCUUUUGCAUCAGCAGUUUAGAUUUUGGUUUUGUAACUUGGAGUUUGGAGACGAGGCAACCUGUUUUCAACAUAGCAUACAUAGAAGUGGAAGAAUAAAUGAAAAGCAAAAUGCUCACUUUAAAAGAGGACAAACAGCUGUCUUCAUAACCUGAAUAAUUAAAGCAUAGAAUCCUUUUCUAGUAUAAGGCUUUUGGACUUCAGCCGCACCAAUGGCAGGGGUCUCCACACAAAUAAAAUGGUAGCUAUCUGCAGUUUCUGUGAUGGAACAAGGAGACUGUUAUCAAAUAGAAAAGAACGUUUCUCCCUAAAUACACCCCAAGUAUCCCACAGUUCUAUGAAAUACACUGUAUCCCUUUCUCAGGACUGCUGUUAAGAAUGUAAGUCAUGCCAUUCUUAGCCAGAUCAGCAGUCUUACCUAACUGAAGCUGAAUCCUGGUAAGUCUGAAAGUUGUAGCUUGAUGGUUUCUGGGUCCAGGAAUUGUGUGUUCUUCGUGGAGUUCUGCCCCCACCCCAGGAUCAUCUUACAGCUAGCAACGUACUGCCUAAAUAUGGGCACACAGGUUUUUUCAGUAUCUUUCAUGGUAACCAGCAACAGACCUGUGUUUGCUUAAUUUAGUUAAGAGGUGGCUAAUCAGCAGGCUGUAUAUGGCCUCCCAAAAUUUGUCAUACAUAUACAUUUACACACACACAUACACUUGUGUGUGAAUUUUUGGCAGACCUCUCCUGCAAGUCCCCUGCUGUUGAUUCUGUGAUGCUAAAAGGAUUUUGUGCUCUCUAAGGACUCCCCACCCCCAGUUUCCUUUUUUAAGGUCCCUACGGGACCGCCUCUCCUGGUAAUGCCCCACAGAGGAACCUACGGUCUGCAAAUAAAAACAUCCUGAAGGUCCCAGGCCUCAGAGAGGUUAGGCUGGCCUCAACCAGAGCCAGGGCUUUCUCGGCUGCGGCUACAAUCUGGUGGAACGCUCUGUCACAAGAGACUAGGGCCCUGCGGGACCUGACAUCUUUCCGCAAGGCCUGCAAGACAGAGUUGUUCCACCAGGCCUUUGAUCAGGGCCCAGCCUGACUCCCUCCUCUGGUAACCUGCACAGAAGUUUGCUUAACGGUUGCCAUUAAUUUGAUUUUAAUUAAUUUUUAUAAUGAAAUGUUUUAGAAUGUUGGAUUAUUUGAUUGUUUGAUUAUUUGAUUGUUGUUAGCCGCCCUGAGCCUGGCUUUGGCUGGGGAGGGCGGGAUAUAAAUAAAAUUUAUUAUUAUUAUUAUUAUUAUUAUUAUUAUUAAAAGGGAAGGCACUUUCACUUUGAUGUGGCCCUGAGAGUCUUGAUGCCCUUGGCUCAAAAAAAAAAAGGGUGAUUAUUACGUACCCUUCACUCUAGGGCUAGCCACCCAUGAUUUAUAUCUUUUUAAAGUUGUCCUUAAUCCCAUGAUUUUUCACAUAAUUGCUAAUUGAAUUUUAGAGGUAAUGACCACCACAAAUAUUUGCUUCCUCUAAUGAUGAAUAUUUAGGGUCCCGAUGUUAAUUUCUUGAUCUUGAUUUUUAUAUUCUUCCCAUUUUAAAGGAGUUCAUUCCAUGUAUCAUGAUUUAGCCAUGUGGCUGACACAAGUAUUAGUCUCUUGCAACAAAAACCAUCAAUCCUGUGACACCUUAAAUACUAAUGAUUUAUUACGGCAUCAGUUUUCAUGAACUCAAGUUACCAAACUUCCUCAAAAGCCUUUCAUAAGGAACUGAGUUGUAUGCUGUCCAUACAUUGUUGGAACAGACUUAGCUUGGAUCUCAGUCUUCCUUUUGUCCCCCAUGCAGCCCUUUGUGCACCCUCAAAAUCAGCUCUAGAGGGUUUUACGUGUCUUUUUAAUAAAGCUGUUGAUAGUGUACUGUGUCACUUCCUUGGAUUGUGAUUGUCCAGUCCUCAAACUAAAAAUUUACCAGCAUCCUUAGUCUUUAUAACCUGCUGGUGGUUCUCUUCUAUUUGCAUGUUUUCUGUUCUCUUAGCUCAAAAGUGUUUGUUUUUUUUAAAAAAAUGCACAUUCUUUCCCAACAGAAAUCUGUCAUGUUUUCUAACACCAAAUUGAAUUACAGCUGUAGAAAACAUUAGAGGAAACAAUUUCACACUUCACUUGAGAGUUUUAACAGUUGAACUGGGAGUGUACUUGAGUUUGGAUAUUAAAAUCAUGCAAUAGGUGAACAUUCACCCUACCUUAAUGGUUGUGUUUUCUUUUACUAGGUAUUUGUCUGCUUAUGGAAAGGCUGCAAAGUCUAUAACACCCCGUCAACAAGUCAGAGCUGGUUGCAGCGGCAUAUGCUGACGCACAGUGGUGACAAACCAUUUAAGGUAAGAUAGCUUUUGGAAUAUUGUCGGUAACGCCUAAUAAUCCUAACUAGUUUAAAUUUGGUGGCUGUCCGUUGCCUGUGUACUCAUCAACUUCUGAUCUCAGUUUGAGGGCAAUCAACAUCCAAAUCCUCACCCCAGCCCAUGAUAUUCUGAACCAGAUCCUUCCGACCAUUUGAUUCCAUGAAAAGUUUCUAUUUUGGUUUGAUUCGAGUAGAACCAAUUUAUCUUCUACAGUCUUAAUUUCUCUUAAAUUUAAUUGCCCAGUUCUCCCUACGUAGUCCUAUUCAUGCAGUUCUGCCUGUGCAGAUAGCCCUGAGGGUGGAAAAGACACAUUUCAGAAGAUCUUUAUCCUUUUUUUAUUUCAUGACUACAUUUCCCAGUAGCUGUGUGUAUCACUACCAUGGGCACCACAUGCAGCCACUCAUUUGCAGCCUAUCUAAUCAGGCCACUUAACUCAUGUGAUUUUGCAGUUUGGGGAUUAUUCAGUCAGACUAGAUUACUCAGAUGCCAUUUCUAGAACAGGAAUUGAACCCACUUUCAGACUUACUCUUGUUCUCAUUUAGAUUAAGUGUUCAGUUUAGGAUAAGCGUACAAUGGUGGGUGUUUUUUUUUACAAAAAUGUUCUAAGAAUGUAAAGAUGUUUGUGUUUAGCUGUCUAACUUAAAGCGAGAACUUUGUAAAAGAUACGUCUUAAAUGCAGACACUCAUCUUCACAAGCAACCAUGUUUGAUGAUCAUAUUGGCUUGAUAAGCAAAGAUACGAACAAGUCUUUUGGCCACAGCCCAUUUCUUCUUUUGUUCACAUGAGCAAGUGAGCAAACCAAGAAGUCUUCUGUUAAGUACUGCUUCCUGUUUAAUUUGAACAAGGCAACUGGUUAAGGGUUUUGGAUAUGAAGUCAUGGUUUGAAGUUGUCUUAAUAGUUUGGCUUGAUGUAGAGCUGUUAAAUAUAGUUUUCUGAUUCAAAUGAAAUGAGAAAGUAUUCUUGAACUUCCUGAUAUUUCUACUCUUUUUGGAAUGCUUUUAAUGUAUAUUUUUUCAAAUAUUGAACCUCUUCAAGGUUUUCUUAAUAGUGAAGUGGUAUGAAAAUGGUUGAUGGAAUUGUUGGCUUCCUCCACAAAGGGAGCAGUGAAGGAGCUAUGUGCAUGCCCACAAGAUUCAUUCAUAUUUGUGUUUUAAGCCAAAAGAUUAUUGUCCAAACCAAUUUGGGGUGGUGUUUUGUUAACCUUCAGGUCUAAAAACAUCAAUAUCCAGUUUGGGAGGAGCAAAAAUAUGCUGCUGUAGGCUAAGGGCAGUAUCCAGCUAAACAGUUUUGCUAGUUCAGGCACUUUGGGAUGUACAAUGGUACUUCCCUUCCUUCUCCCCACAUGCCCCCUGAAUCUGUUCUGGAGGGUUGUUGGGAAACCCAUAACAGAUUUUGGGGGAGGGGAAGUUCCUUUGCACAGCUGAAAAUGCUUGUGCUAGGAAAUCUGUAAUGUUGGACGAUACCCCAAAACUAAGCUACAGGAAAAUUCGGCUUAGCAAAACCUUCAGCCUUGAUUUAGUUUUCAGUAUAAAAUGAUUUUCAGUUAGUAGGUAGAUAGCACAUGCUAUUGUGGCUUUCAUCUUCUAUCGUUGGGGUCCUCUGAUCAGGAUAUAUAAACUUAGCUUGUGUGUGAGAUGGUAUAUUAAAUGCAUAUAAAGUUAGGAGCAGGUUAGGGUGUGGGGGCUGGUAUAAUACUAAGUAUGAUACUAGAUUUGAAGUUCUCCUAACAAUGUCACUUUUGGAACCCAAGCAGACAAAAUUAUAUUUUGAUAAACUGGGUUACAAAGUACAUGCUUCUAUCCAAAGAAAACAUUUCAGCACAGAUGAGAAUUCAAAAUAUCCCUUACUGAGAAACCUUCAGGGAGUAGUAAGGAUAUGCGUAGCAGCUUUUACUUAUCUACUGUAUUGACGUUUCUUCUCAGCAGCUUGAUGCUAUUCAAGGGCAACAUGCCCUCAAUAUCCUUGAACAGCAGACUGCUUGACGUAGUCUGUUCGCUCAUACUGGUCUUUGUAAUGUCUGCAAUUUUUGAUGCAUAUUGUUGGAGCUGGCUCAUGUUGCUUGUUUGGAACAUUACCACCUAAUCCACUUUAACCACAGUACUGAAGGAAAUGUGUAGAAAGGAGCCUUAAAUUGAUUGUAAUAAAAUUUUCUAUAAUAGUUUUCUUUAAGGUUUCUUUCUUGGUCAGGAGAACAAGUAUUUUACCCAUGUGAAAUACUCAUAGGAAUGGGUGGUGGUUGUGUAGCAUGCAAGAAAAUUUUCCCUUGCAUGUGAUGUGAUUUCAGGAUUUUUAAAAUUAGAACAAGGCGUAUGUUUGCAUGGUAUAAUUGGAAUGGAUUGAGUGCUCGAGUAUUUGGAGGUCAGCUUUGAUUCAACUAUCAUUCCUUGUUAACAUACAGAGAUCUGCAUUAGGGACAUCCAGGGAAGAGGAAAUUCUUUUUGAAAUAAGCAGUUUUUAAUAUGUUGCCUGAAUUUGUUGUUCCUUUGUUAAAGGAGCAGCAGUGCAAAGUGAGAAUGAAUUGGUAGCUUCCUUAUGAUGUCUUAAUUGAGCAUUUCUGAUUUUGUAUUUCGUAGUGUGUCGUCGGAGGGUGCAAUGCGAGCUUUGCCUCUCAGAGUGGGUUGGCUCGUCACGUGCCAACACACUUCAGCCAGCAGAAUUCUUCAAAAGUUACCAACCAGCCAAAGGCUAAAGAAGAAUCUCCUUCUAAAGCUGGAAUGAACAAAAGAAGGAAGUUAAAGAACAAGCGGAGGCGCUCUUUACGUAAGCACAUGAAACUUCUACAGUUCUGUAAUAAGCAGCAUAAACUUUAAAAACUGCCUUUCUUGACUACUUGUCUACUUUUUAGUUAUUGGUUUUUUGCUAGCCUAUAAAUUCCAUUGUUUUCAACUUUUGAUUUAAGAUCUUUUAUGUAAGGUACAGGGUGAUAAAGAUGCUUAUAUCAGCUGGUCCAUUUCCACAACCCGGCCAGCCAGAAUAGAUGCAAGUACUUCACAGUAGAGGGGAACAUUCUGUGGGCCUCCUGAAAAACAGAAGGGAUCUGUUCUUUUCUGGACUCGGAGCAGUUAUCUAGACUAAUGUGUGUCUAUAAUCAUAAUAUUGUCUAAGUCCAGAAAUUGGGUGCACCACAAUUUCAUAGAUGGUAGCUGUACCAUACUUUAUGUGCCACUGACUUCACAGUAUUGUUAGGUUUAAGGAGGUUGGAUGUGUGAAGAUUUUGGACUCUGCUCUCUUAUAGGGCUGAUGCCACACUAUGUUGGGGAACAUUUAACCACUGCUGAAAGACUGAGCCGCAAAUAGAUAAGGCCAGUGCUGAUGUAAAGUUUAAGCAUGGUUAAAACUAGCAAGAAAGGGGCAUGGGGAAUUCAUUCUGGACAGGGACCUGAUGGUAGGGAGCACAAUACUGUGCCUCCAUGCUCUUGCUGUCUUAGCCAUAGACAAAACAAGUUCACCAUUGUGCCUGUACCAAUCCAUAUUCUCAGUGAUCCUCAAGGCAUGUGAAACUCAAUGGGAGGUGGGGAGAGCACUCCCAAACUCAUGCACCUGAAGCCCAGUUUAAAUACAUUAACUGGUGGAAACCCUUCUGACUCACAAUAACCCAGCCUUCUGUCUUCUCACGCUCCCACUGUUGUUCCUGUCUCCCAGUGACUGUUCAUCCUUAGCUGAGAGUGGCAAAACGAGAACCCUUGUGCUCUUGUGCCAAGGUGCAAGCCCUACAUAACCUGGGAAGGGAGGGAGAUGAAGCAGCCUCAGUCAGGAGUACCAUUGCAGCCAAACACCUUCCAAUCAGCUCCAUCCCUUCUUGUUUGGUUCAUCUUCCUUUAAAAAACAAAAACAGAACUAAGCUUGAAUAAAUGUUCUUAUGGGCUCCUCCUUUAGUCAGAAUCCCAACAUGGUUAAUCUAUUUUGGGAACUAAUUUAAUACUACUACGUCAUAAAUUAAAAACCAAAAUGGCUCUUCUUCCUAUUUGUGCUCAUUUCAACUUUUCCCAUUCUUACGUCCUCCAGGCGUUUUGAACUACAACUCCCAUUAGCACAAGCCACAAACAGGGCUGCACUGGCUAGAUAGAGUUGAUGGGGGUUAUGCUCAGUGACACCUGAAGGGCACCCAGUUGGGGAAAGCUAGACCUAAAUAAUUGUAACAUGGUCUCUGGACAAACUGUCAGGCUGUGGGGCCGGUUCAUAUGUUCGGCAUUCUUCACCUGCAGCUUCAAGUGAUGAUUUGCAUGCAUUAGCUGACCAUCACAAAUCAGUGCCACAAGUAGGGUUUUCCUAUCCCCUAAUGUCAACGUAAUAUAUGUCAGCAUUGGAACUGAGUUUGCACAUUUGACUGAAAGCAGUAUAUAUGUAUAUGUGAUCAAACUCGUUAAAUCAAGCAUUUUUAAAAAGAGAAAGCAUAUGUCAUCCACUUUUACCAGCUGAAUGUGAUACACAAUCAACUGCACCACUACAUCGUGUUCCAUUUUCUCCUUUACAGUAUAUUUUAUUUAUUGAAGGCAUAUCCUGCUCUUCCUCCCAUAGCAGCCCAGGGUGGCAAGCAACAAUAAAUACCCCUUGAAACAGUGUUUCUCAAUCCAGGGUCCCAAGCUGUUGGACUAAACAUCCCAUCAUCCAUAGCUAGAUGGGAAUUGCAGUCCAGCAACAGCUGGGGACAGAAAUUUGAGAAACACUACCUUAAAAAACAAUUCCAAUACAAGAUGCAGACUGGGAAAGAGCUUAACUUAAAAGUCUUGUUGUCUUCAGUAGGCACUGUAAAGACUGAGACGGCGCCUGUCUACUAUUUAAGGGGAGGGAAUUCCGGGGGUGGGGUUGUGCCACAACACUAAAGGCCGGAUUCCUACAUUGUGUGGAACAGACCUCCUGAUGAGAUGGUAUUAGCAGGAGGCCCUCACCUGCAGUGUGCAGUGAUCAGUUGGGUAUAUAAGGGGUGAGAUGAUCUUUCAGGUAUCCUGGUCCCAAGCCAUAUAGGAUUUUAUAUGCCAAAAGCAGCACCAGUGGCUAAUCGGCAGCCAGUGCAAUUCUUCAACUGUGGGGUAACUUGUCAGCAAUAUCCUGCUCCAGUGAACAGCUGAGCCACUGCAUUUUGCACCAGCUGCAGCUUCAGGCCAAUCUCUAGCCCUAGUUUGGAGGCCACCGGAAGUACCCAGCCUUCUUUGCUUUUUUUUUUUUUUUUUUUUGCAUUUGACUUUAGAUGAAACUCGAUAGUGAUGAACCAUCACCCUGACUAAGACUUAAAAUUUUAGGUUUACAAACAUAGUAAAGUGCAGUUCUGUCCUCCUUUGCAGAAGAAUUUUACCAUUUUUUUCUGCUGGAAUUUUAGUAAUACUGAAACUACCAUAGCUUAUUUGCUGAAAUGGAAGGUACUUAAAAAAAUAAUAAUAUGGGAAAUACAAUUGCAGCACUUCAUUUUACUGCAGAACCUAUUAAUUUCUUGUUAAUUAUAAUUUCAAGUGUUGCUUCUGUUGCAAACAAAACUGCAGAGUAAAGUUUGUUCCUAUAGUUUCGAUUAAUUUCAUUAUACGAGUUUUGACUUCUUGGCAUUGAACUAUUGCAUAGUUAUGUUAUAUAAACCAGCAGUACUUGAUGUGCAGCACGGUUGAGAAAGCAAGCUUGCCACUCUUGCGGUUGUUGAAAAUAAGAGGGAAGCUUGCUAAACAACAAGCUGUAGCUUGCUUUAAAAAAAACUACAAGGUGAUGAAUAAGGGUUUAAAGCUACCUCUUUCAAAAAAUCAAGGCUAUCUCAAGCAAAAGGUUUAGAAUUAGUUUCCAGUGUUUACAUUAGUAGUAUCCAGAGAAUUGAAACUUGAUUCCCCAGUUUUACGUCUUUGUUUCCCUUACUGUUGCAGUAAAUGAGUCAGUAAAUAUAUUUAUGUGUUUGCUUGUAUAGCGAAUGUAUAAAGUUGAAUCAAAUGUAUUUUUUCCUUUUUCUUGCUGUAGAUACCUUCAUAACCCAAUUACAUAAGCAGUCACAUGGAUGUUUUUAAGCCUAUUUGCUCAGUCUUAUUUCUGUCCUCGGAUUCUCUUGUUCUCAGUACUAAGAUUCAAUUCAGAGGCCUGCUCUACCCCCUUCACACAAUCUUCUUCACUUUCUUUUUGCAGUUUAGCACUGAGCAUAAUUGUAGUGCCUAAAAUUGCUUGUCCUACCUCCAAACCAGAAGAUGAAACUUCAGUUUGAAUUGUGGUUUCUAAUUGUCCGGGUGGUAAGCACUAAUUAUGGUUUACCGGUUUUGAUGUCACAGCAAACUAUGGUUGGAGCUAAACUUAAAAGUGGAGGGAAGAAGAGAAGUGUGUGAUUCCAGUUUCUGAUUUCCCAGACCAUGGUUUGGAGAACUGUUUUAAUUGAGCUAAGACAUUGGUACAGUCUGUUGAAGUAGAAUAUCAGUAGCAGUUGAACAGUGCUGAAGUAGUCAUCUGCAGUUUUUAUUCCAUCUAUUCAGAAUAUUUUCAAUUUCUAGCAUUUUAAGCAAACUAGCAUAAUGUGAGUGGAAGGUAUUUUAGGCAGAACUUGCAUAAUUAAAAACACUCCUAGUGAUGUAUAAUUUUUAUACAUCUAAAAUGAAAUGUUCUGAAGAUUUGGCAGUUAACAUUAUAUAUAGGUAAGAACUCAUCUAAGUUUAAUCUUAAACUGUUCUAAAUUGCUUGUUUUUGAGGUAUGUAUAUUUAAAGAUUUGUCUAGAUCUUUUAAGAUUUCAUUUCCCAAGGUUGCUCAAAAGUUUUCUCUUAGUCAGUGGAACACAAUUAUAUGGUCCAUAAUAAUAACUUUUAGUACAAAAUGAAUGAAAGCAAAUUACACUGAUUCGUAUAGACUGCCAACUAAUGAUUUCGUAGGCCUAGAAGGAUGUUGAUUCUUCCUCAGCUAAAACUGUAAGUUUAAGGCUUGUUUUUAUGAAAAGAACUGGCACAUCCCGUAUUUUUCCAUGUAUAAGCCUAGGUUUUUUAACCAAAAACUCAGGUUUAAAAUUGGGGCUCGUCUGAUACACUGGUAGUGCUGAGGGGUGUUUUCCUUAAUUUGGAGUACACAAAAAUAGGGGGCGUCUUAUACAUGGGGGCAUCUUAUACACGGAAAAAUAUGGUACUUAUUUUGCUUUUGUUUAUGUGUAUCAUGUGAUGUAGAAGACUUAGUUCACAGUAUUCUGUUUUGUAAAUUGUAAGAUGCUUUAGGGGGGUGUUCUGUUUAAGCAACUAUAAUUUUCUUGGAUGAAUCUGCCGGUUUGUUGGUCACCUUUUUAUUAUAAUAUCAUCUGAAAUAUAUUAUAAGAUUCAUUGCUAAGUUUGCCCCCGAAGCAGAGAGAAUACUGGAAUGUUACGCAAAUCAGAAUGUUGCUGGUUGUAAAUGUGAUAAACCUGUUUUUUGUUACUUUUGUUUUUGUUUUGCUUUGCUUUAAGUGGAAUUUGGGAUAUGAAUGACUUGUAUAUCUUUGCUGAUGUCUUUAUUGUGCAAAUUACAACUGUUCUGAGAUUGGUCAAUAACUUUUUCUUUUCUUUAAGAACUGAUGCUGAUUAGAUAUUGUUAACAAGAUUCCACCAGGUGUAAAUGAUUAAGAAAUUUUCCCCAUCAUAAUGCUCAUAAAAUACAUUGAUUUUGCCUACUUUGCUUUCCUGCUUUUUAAGUUUAUAAUUCAAAAGGGCAGCCAUCAUAUUAAUUUUAAUAGAGAAAUUUAAAUUUAUAUAAUGCCCUACAGGCAAGGCUUGCAUGUGAAUAAAAACCUUUUGUACUGAGUAUUUGGUUAUUAUUGCUCUUUUGAGUUUAUAUAAUUGAAGCAAUUCUAGUAUGAUUUUGUUCUUCUGUAACCUUUUGAAAGAGUCUGUAUAUAAGACAGAACCUUCAGUUGAAUGUACUAUCCUGAAGAAAUUGCUCAUUUCUAAAGGCUAUCUCACUGCUACUUAAGUGCAGUUACAGGGACUGCCUGUCUUCAGUUUAUAAGCACCAUUUUCCUUAGUGUUGGUUGUGUUAAGUUUGGACAGAAUAGAUUUAGAGAGAAGCACAGUUCAAAUAGGAUGACAUCUAUAAGAUGCUUGCCCAUCCUAAAAGCAAAUGUAUUGAACAUUUCAGUUGGUUUAGGGAGUUGUUCCGAAGCUGAUCAGAAUUUAUUUUUAACUGGUAAACUUUGUUCAUGAUAGAAUAUGACCAUUGUAGCUUGAAUAUUUGAAUACUUAACAUUCUUCCAUUAGUUUUGAAGGCUUUUUUUCUUUUUUUAGCAAGACCACAUGACUUCUUUGAUGCGCAGACUCUGGACGCCAUACGACAUCGAGCUAUCUGCUUCAACCUUUCUGCUCACAUAGAAAGUUUAGGAAAAGGCCACAGUGUCGUAUUUCACAGUACUGUAAGUAUUCUUCCGUACUUACCUUAAUAAGAUGUUCAGCUUUUAUAUACUGCUUAGAUAUGUGCAUGUCCACAUGUUCAUGGCAGAUUACAUUUUCACAGCAUUUUGAUUGCUCAAAAUGUUCCUUAUACAGGAAUGGUAGUAAGACACUUUGCAGGAGGUUAUAUUUUGCACUUCUUGACAGCAAUCCUGUGAAAUAGGUUAGGCUGAGAGGAACUGACCUAGACCCAAAGUCACUAAAUGGGAGUCAUGGCUAAACGAGAUUUUGAACUUGGCUUUCUCAGGUCUCUAGGUUUCCUUCAAACCCAGUUGCCUGUGAUGUCUCAAUUUCGCAUACUGUGGUUAAUGCUAUCCUCAGUUUGCAAAACAUGGACAUCAUAGAAACUAUAGUCUUCUGUCAUUGCUUGCAUUUGAAGAGGGAAAGAAAUUACAAAGUAGCAGUGGGACAAAGCUUUAGCUCUGUUCCCUGUGUUAUACUGCUCCUGCUGGAUGCUUAUGAGUUCAGCUGUAACUGGGGGGAGCCCUUUUCUAUUUGCCGAGGCUCCUCUGCACCACACAGAAUCCUGACCUUCCAUUGCUCUAAAUCACUCAGGAGUCUUCAUGACUAGAAAAAGCUCCCAUCACAGAAGUUGCAGCUGAGUUGUGAGCGAGUAGCCUUCAUGAACCAGCCGGAGCAUUGCAACAGUGGGGCUGUGGCUUCAAUUACAGCACUGCAGCCCUUUGUACCUCCUUUCCCUUUCCAUGUGAGUUAUUACUGAAGAGUGCUUGAGGUUAGAGGACAUCUGGGAAUGGAGGAGUUAAGUAUGUGAUCCCUCAGCACGUUCCAAGCCUUCAGAACAUGGAAUAGAGCAGGGGCGGGGAAUCGUUUUCAGUGAGGACCUCAUUCCUUUGUUGACAAAUUUACAGGGAUUGCAUGGCAUAGGUGCAUGGAGCACUGAUCUCCAUCCUGGCAAACGACAGAUGUUUAGGCCAGGCACCCCCAACCUUUGGCCCCCCAGAUGUUUUGGACUACAGUUCCCAUCAUCCCUGACCACUGGUCCUCUUAGCUAGGGAUCAUGGGAGUUGUAGGCCAAAGCAUCUGGAGGGCUGAAGGUUGGGGGUACCUGGUUUAGGCAGUGAAGGUACCAAACUCACCUGCCCUGCAGUGGACAUCAUAUCUUUUCAUUAAAAACCUGGCUUAUCUGAAAGGGAUUUGCCGACACUGCAAGUCACAUGAUUUGUGUUUUUUGAGAAGCCCUGUGCAAAAGGCUUUGUAAGACUAUGAUCAGUUUAGGACUUGCAGAGCACUUUGAAACAUGCUUUGUGGGCUCUACAUUUCAGACUUUUCAGGGAAAAAGGGGAUCACUUGGUGUCAUUAUGAUGGCAAGUGAUUGACCAGUCUACCUACCUGUCAAACUUGGCCCAAGUGAGGGUGGGGGAGAUAACGAUGGGGACCACUAGCCAGGUCCCAUUAACCAAUGGUUUAAGGACACAUUCCAGACAGGCAAAAGUACUUGAGCAUGGUGCAGAGCAUGGCUGGUGAGAUGUGUGGGAUGGGGAGACACAUGUCCUGGGGAGAGUCUGGAGGGACACAUUGAAAGCCUUUUAGAAUGGCUGCAUUUGACUCCUGGGUCUGAGGUUCACUUCCCCUGAUCAGAGCAGUAGCAGUUGCAAAGGAAACUUGGAGGUGCACCACGACAAACUUGGGGGAAAGAAUUAUGUCAACAAGGAUAACUGGGUCUAAGCCAUAUAACAAACAGAAUGACAGACUUCAAAAUAAAAAUUAAAAUGCCAGCUCUCUUAUAGUUUCUGCAUUUGCAUUUCUGCUCUUCUCCAGAAGAGGUCAGCAGAAUUCCAUUUACCGGUACUUAGGUCUAACCUUAAUUCCCAGUUGGAGCGGACCUUUUAUAGAUCUGUGCUUUAAAAUUGAACAGUUUCUUUUGCAUAGGAGAACUCCAGUUCUUCUUCAUGAUGUUUGCAGUCCCACCUCCCCCUUGAGCCAGUUCAGAGUCAGUUCCAGGAAUGUUCUAGAGCUUCAUUAAAGGAGGUGAUUCUUCUUCCACAAGAGUUUUGUGGCUGUCUCCCCAUGCUUCUAGAGAUGAGACAAACACCUUCCCUCUCAAUUCUGCACUCGUGCAUCCCUUACAACCAGCAAGCUUUGGACAGAAAUUUAAAAGGCAAACUGCAUAAAAACAUUGGGGAUAAAAGCACAUGGUCUUGUGUUACCAUUUCCUUGGUGCAGCAGUAGGAAAGCAAUGCAAUACUGACAUGUUACAUGUCUUUUCAACUAUUAUUUUUCUGAGGAAAUGCUGUCUAGCAGUGUCCCCAUAGAAUAAUAGCUGUAGCGCUAGUAAGGGACCACAAGGGUCAUGUUCCUUUGUAACGUCUCAUUUGUGUCUAAGACUCCCAUACAUAUAUCGUAUACAAACACAAACACACCACAUUGUGUUAAUAUUGGAAUGCAUUAGACUGAAGGCAGAAGCUAGUAGUGGUCCCCAGCACCACCAUAUGCACCCAGGAAUUGGCUGCAAUAAUGUAAUAAAUAACUUCCUUGCCAUUUUCAAGUUUGUAGUUAACAUUAAUUAUAAAGAAUAUUUUCUGGUAAAAGGUUAUAGAAUUGUAGAGUUGGAAGGGACCUCUAGAGGAAUCCAGUCCAACCCCACUGCAGUGCAGGACUCUCAACUAAAGCAUCCAUGGCAGCUGGACAUCCAGCCUCUGCUUAAAAUCCUCCAAGGAAGUCCACAACCUCCUGAGGGAGUCUGUUCCACUGUUGAACAGUUCUUACUGUUAGAAAGUUCUUCCUGAUGUUUAGUCAGAAUCUCCUUUCUUGUAACUUGAAGCCAUUGGUUCGAGUGCUUACCCUCUGGAGCAGGAGAAAACAAGCUUGUUCCCUCUUCCAUGUCUCAGCUCUUAAGAUAAUUUGAAAAUGGCUAUCAUAUCUCCUCUUAGUCUCCUCUUUCUCAUGCUAAACGUACUCAGUUCCCUCAACUGUUCCUCAUGAGGUUUGAUUUCCUGACACAGCUCUGUCCUCCCUUCCCUUUACCUAUGUAUUCCCCCCUGCAAGUAUUUCACAUGAUGAAGAGACUUGAAAACAAUACUAGGCCUACAGAUAUUAAAAGUGUGUGCAAAGUCUAUACUUCUGUUCUUAUUGAUUCAAUUUGCCUAAUUUAUUCCAGUUGUACAGUGUUGUUAGCAGAGUGAUAAGAAACUUUCCAUGUGUGGUUAUGAGUGCCAGUCAACAAAUUUUAGCCCAAUAAUUUUGACUGUUGUUUUUAGGUAAUAGCUAAGAGAAAAGAGGAGUCUGGAAAGAUAAAGCUGCUACUUCACUGGACACCAGAGGAUAUGUGAGUAUGGGAGCAAGCCUAUGCACAAGAAAUGCCGCAAAGCAAGCUGGUGUAAGCUACACCAGAUUCAAAUUCCAUUUAGCAUUGGGCUGGCUGCUGCUGCACUACUUAAGCUUGGCAGAGGGGAAAAAGAGUUCUAUGCCAUAUUGCCAGUUCACAUGAACAGGCUUAGGAUCCAGUCCAGCCCCUGAAACACCACUUUGAGGGGACUAAAAACUGGAAGCAACUUAGAAAUUGGCAAGCUAUGCCAGUGUCUCUUCAGCUGAGCUGAGGUUGGGGAUGCCAACUUGAGCCAGAGAUCUGCUGCAUCCCAAGUCUAUCAUCCUAGCAGAUUUUGCUGUGGGAUUGCUCAUGCAUGCAUGCACUGAAGAGUCAACUGUAUAUUAGUGCAUCUACGUCCAUUGCUGUUUCACGUGUUUUGCUAUCAUUAUGAAAAACACUGGCCUGGGAAGAUUGCAAUUUCCUUACAAUUCUCCUGACUUGUUGAAACUGCAAUUCAUUUUAUAUGCAAUAUUCUAAGCUAUUUGUGCUUAUUGGAUGCAGGACAGCUUUUAUUUCUGUUUAAAGCUAGUUUUUUGUGGUGUGCAAAUGGAAGUAUGGCCACUAUGAGGAAGAGGCACUUCUUAAACCAAGAGUAGUUGCAUUGGUUGUCUCAUCAUGAUAUACCGGUAAGUUGAAUUAUAAUGGAUGCUGAUGGUUGAAUCCAUGCUCUUGCACAGGCUAGGAUUUUCAUUGCCAAAAGAAGUUAAAACAUUUCUACUUUAUGGCUUAGCAUCUCAAAAACCUAUGAGAGUCAUGUGCAGGAUCUAGCAGUAUUCUCAUCUUUCGGAUGACAAGGAGAACAGGAAAGCCCUAUACUCUGAUCCUUUUGGUAAUUUCUAAUGGUCCAUGGCUGUUUCAUCAGGUGUAUACAGUGCCUCCUCGUGUGCAAUGCUGCCAUCACUUUGCAUUAAGUAGAAUCCUGAGAAUACGCAUGUUGUCAUUGUCAUUGAGUGGUUAUCCAACAUUGGUUCCCUUAGUUCAUGUGUAAGCUAAGCAAGGCUAUUACUACUGAAAACCAUUCCACUCAUAGACCAUGUUCAUUGUCUAAUCUGACGGUAGUUCACAUUCAUUGGUGAGAAUUUUGUUUUUAAAUGUCAUUUAGAACAUCUAUGUUUGGGGAAAAAGGUUGACUUUUUUUAAAUUUUUUGUAAUUCAUAGUCUUCCUGAUGUGUGGGUAAAUGAAAGUGAGCGACAUCAGUUAAAAACUAAAGUAGUUCAUUUAUCAAAACUACCAAAAGAUGCUGCCUUGCUUCUGGACCCAAACAUAUACAGGUAACUUCUAAAUUUUUUAUUGUUCUCUUCUCAUUAUGAACUUAAGCCUCGCUUGACUUUUUGAAGCUGAUGCCAAAAAUAGUAAUGCUGGUAGCUUAAGUUUUAUUUAUCAUUUGAUUAAUUUGAUUUAUAUCCUCACUUUCCUACUGAAGGAGCCAUGGGCGGAAGACCCAGCAGUGAUAAAACAUAAAAAACACAACUAAAAAGAAUUGAAAAAUAUUCUAACAGUUAAUGCCUGCAUAUGUCUUCAGUUUCUUUUUAGUCAGUCAAGUAGACCUCGAAGUAUUCUUAAUUUCACCUUAGUUUUAUUGCCAGAAGUUAGAGAAAGUAAAUAGCAUUUGAUACACCAAUACAUCAACUUCCAACAAAAACAGCAUCAAAAAGUUAAGUUUUGAGGUUUGAGAUCAUUUUAACAGUUCUUAAACUGUAGUGACAGGAAAAGGGAAUGUGUAUAUUUACCAAGUGUAUUUUACUUUUUUGUGCUUGGUGUACAGAAAGUCUAGUAAAGGAGGUACACACAGUGGAAUCCUGAAAGAUCACUUCUGUUAAGAUCAUGCUGGUUUGUAUACCAAUUUUUGUAUACCAACUUUUAAAAGUCCAAAUUUAUCUUCUCAUAUAUAUUUUAAUAAAUAUAUGCUAAUUAUUCUUGGCCUGUAAUACACGUGGUAUUACUCUGAAAUCUGUGCUCAGUGCAAUUUUUAAAUUUGAAAAUAAUUUUCUUUCCACUUUGGGGAGAGGGGGUGGUCAGCUCUUGUACCCUGUUUUUGAGCAUCAGGUGCUGCUUGAGAUUUGAUUCUCUAUCUAAAUCUGCUUCUUAAAAGCAGAUUUGCUUCCUUUAUAUUAAUGCCUAAAGGUGCCCACCACUAAAUCUUCUGUACAUUUCCCCCCCAAAGAUACUCUGAAAUGUUUUAAAAGAAAACUGUUGUAUUGAAUAUAUGGUGCAUAUUCAAAACAAAACUUUCUCCUGUCAUAGGAAACCUCUGUGUUCCUGCACUUUUUAAACUGCUGUUGUCAAUCAAAGAUUAAGAGCAGGAACUGCUUAACAGAAGAGCAUACCUUCUUCCUUUCUUCUUCUUUUUCUUCUUUUGAAUACUGGAAGCCCUUGGUUCAACCCCCAGUGAGUCAGUUAGUAGGCAUGGGAAGAACGCCAUCCUUAAAGAACUCCAUCGAGCCCAGCACUAGAGCUUAAGGGUAGCUUGAUGCUGUAUCAGGAAGCUUCAUGUGUUUACGAAUCAUUAUACCACACCUUUUCCCCUGACGCAAUUUGAUAUAUGAGGCUAUAUACUUUUAUGGACAUUUGUAUGGGACCCCAAGCCAGGUGGGGAACACGUGAGUUGGGGUGUUGAUGUCCAGUAAGCCUUUCCACUUACCUUUUAUUUCUCAUAUUUUCGAUUAAUCAGCUUCAGUUUUGCCUUGGGGAAGUGCACGCUGCUAUCAAAUGCGCUAUGCAACACAAGUAAUCAUGACUGAUAUAAACACAAAGCAGUCAGUCACGAGUGUUUUACCCUGUUACACUGGCCCUGUGGGUUUUCAGAUGUACAUGAUGCAGUGAUGAAAUGUGUUCCAGCUGUUUUGAGGAGAUUUAAACUGCAAUCCAAACCACACUUGCUUUGAAAUAAAUGGCAUUACAAUAAAUGGUUAGGAUCCAACCCCUCCCCCUCCCCGUAUCAGUUUCUUAAAACUCCUGAAGAGCUUCCCAGCAGCUUGGAGGGCCCCCUGCAUCAGCACCCCAUGUGGUGUGGGGCUGCCACUGAAUUGGAAAAAUCACCCAAACCCAAUGUAGCACUGAAACACUGUGUGCACUAGACCAGGUAUAGGCAAACUCUGCUCUCCAGAUGUUUUGGGACUACAACUCCCAUGAUUCCUAGCUAACAGGACCAGUGGUCGGGGAUGAUGGGAGUUGUAGUCUCAAGACAUCUGGAGGGCCGAUUUUGCCUAUGCCUGCACUAGACUCUCUGGAUUCUUGCCAUUAAGAUUUCCAAGUUAAUGUACUCACUCUUGGAUAAUGAAACUUUUUGUUGUUGCUGCCAGUUUUUUCAGUCUUCAUAAAAUACAUUUGCUAAUAUUUUUUUGAAAUGUUUACAGUGUUUUCUUAACAUUUUGGCUCCUGCAACCAAGGUAAAGUUCACUUUUGGUUAAAAAAAAUAUGGUGAGCAUCAGAAAUAAAACGGGAACACACAUGACCGAAGACAUGUACUGGAGAUUCUGUGCUGGCCAUGAAUUGCUGCCAUGUGAAAAACGAAAAACAGAAUCCUGUUGCAAAAUUGAGGUUGUGACUCCUGAUCUUUAUUUGGGUAGUGUGCACAUUUUCUAAGGGGCCACUGCUCAUAAUUUCUGAACCACAUUAGAACAUUUUCACAUGACACAUCCAUGUCUGAAGAGCUGUCUAGUACCAGAGUGCGACAUUUCUGCACAGCUGGAGAAAGGACUCUGGAGGCUCUUUGCUGUUCCGAGUUUCCCUUAAACUUGGCUGCUUGUCCAAACUUGGGAUUGUGGUUUAUCACGUACUGUGGUUGGCUUCAAAACGACCCACAAUAAUUAGUGAUAAAACCACAAGCCCCAAUUCAUACGUAAGGGCAAACUGAGUUCCAGGGGAAGCAAAAUGAAGAUUUCUGAAGCCUUUCUCCUGGUUGCAUGGGACCAGGAGAAAAGGAAGCGGGCCUUUCAUGCCCAGGGCUCACAUGGAUGAUUCCAGCUUGCACACAUCAGGCUGAAUGCGAUUUAACGUGGCACGCAGACACAGCCAUUGAAGAGAGUGUCAUUUGUGAACCCGUUAACCAGUGCAUGUUAAGUUUCCUUGACGCUUUUUGGGGAAGCUACCAAUGCAAUGUUUCCUUUUCCUCCCUAGAACAAUGCCACAGAAGAGGUUGAAGAGGUAAAAGCGAGCUCAGCGCGGGCACCUCAUCUAUCAUCUUAUUCACUGACGGUGGAAUUAGAAUUGAAAAUGCACAUUAGUCAAGCCCCUCCACCUUAUGUUCUUCCCCUGCGCCCGGCUGCCACCAACUAUUUACGCUUGGCAAACCAUUCUGUGAAUGAAUUCGGUGCAUCUAUGGAAUAUAUUAUAUACAUGGAACAGAUCCUAUAUAUCUGUACGAUGGGAGAUGAGGAAAGCAAAAUAUACUGGCAGUAUAGUGGGUGUUCUCAAAGGCUUUGCAUGCUUGCAGCUUUUAUUUUAGCAGCCUCUCCCACCCCACCCCCCCUGUAUCGGAUGAACUGGCAAUUAAUACAUUGCCCUGUACAACCCUCCCUGUAGUGGUGGUUGUUGGGUUUUUUUGUAAGCAAGCUUCUUGGGAUCUUGUCAUUUGGUAAAUGAAAUAAAUACACACUAGAGAGGGAACUCUUCUCUCAAGAGUAUGGUGCGAAGUAAUCCAUUGUCACUUUCGUGAACUUGUCGUCGCAUAACAAGUGGUGGUAUCAUGUUUAAGCAAAAUGGUGGUGGCAUAUUUUCAUUUCUGGUGGAAUAUACGUUCAAGAGGAACAGGUCGGUGUUAAGUGUUGCUGUAUAUCUGAUCCUCUCCAUAAGGACUAUUACUCUAUGUUAGUAAGACUUAACUUUAAUAACCUCUACAGAAGAAGGUAGCAAUGUUGUUUUGUUUACUACUUGGCCUUUAAAACUCCUCUUUGCUACUAAAGAAAUCUCCCUUCUCCUUCCCCCUCCUUUUGGCUUAAAUUUUUCUAGUUGUAAAAAAAUUGUAUUUUUUAAAAAAGAAGCAUUUAAAAAUACAAUCGUUUAUGCACCAAAGUUGGCUAUGAAAAGAAAAUUAAAUUGCUUCCUGGCUUUACUAAGCAAGAAAUUAUGGACUUCUUUUAACCUACAGGAAUAGAAAAAUAUGUGUUACCAUGUUCGUCUUAUAGAGACAAAAGAGAGAGAGAGAGAAAUAGAUAGAUAAUGGGACAUUGCUUGUAAAAUAAUUUUGCAGAUUUGUAAUAUAUUUUUAUAUUAUGAAAUGUAUUGUAGAUGUUUUUUCUAGAGGCAUGGAAGUUGAGAUGUAUAUAUUAUGGUAGAAAUAAUAUGGAAGGAUAUUGUAAUUCAUUAGUGCUGCCAGAAGAAUUUGUUUAAAAGCAAGCACCUUUCCUAACAAUAAUAAUAAAAAAAAUGUCUCUUGGAUUUCUAAGAGCCUAUAUACUACUGUUGUAAAAACAAAAAACACAUUGAACAUCCUUCCAGAAAUCCUUCGGAUUUUUACAGCGCUCAUUGCUGGUAAGGGAUAUGAAAUCAUUCUUUUCCUUGCUUGUUGGAAGGAACAAAUGUAAAAAAAAAAUAUUAUAUGGUGGCUAUAUGCAGUCAAACUGCAUGAUUAACCCUCCAUGUUUAGGAGGUUUUUUUUUUUUUUGGCAUUACUACAGUGAAUAUAAAUACCAGCUGUUUUUACACUAAUUUUUUUAUUAUUAAAUAGCAAAAAACAAAACUCUAGACUCUCUGCUUGGAGAACUUGGCUUUUCCAAUACCAUAAAUUGGGGUCUACAUUAAUGAAGAUGAGAUGCUUGCUUGGCUCCCAUUGAGUCUAGAAUGGUCUAUAUACAUUUGAAUUCCUCAUCAAUGUGUGGAUUAUAAGCACCACUAACAUGGAAUGGUUCUGGAAUAGUCGUUUAAUAAUGGUAUUUCAUAAAGAUCUGUAGCAAUGUUACUAUUUUUAAAAAAAUGCAGUUCGUUAUUUUUAUUUCUUAUUUUUUAAUUUUGCUUGAGCACUUCAGUUACCGCUUAAACUUAUAUGGUCAUCUGCAAUUACUUUGAUUCUUUUUUUUUAAAAAAAGUUAUAAAAUUGCCAAAUAGGUGUUUUCAGAUAUAGUUUGUAUUUGUAUUUUUUAAUUUUAUUUCUUUUUGCAUUCAUUGUAUACCAUUCUUAAUUGACAGAUGAUUGUAGACCCUGCCUGAGUAUUUUUUCUAAUAAAACAACGC